AUGUCUGUGCGGAAGACAAAAUCUGUUGGUUCUGGUCUCGGGGUUCAUGGUGGAUGCUGGGGAACGGCUCCCCACAAAGACCACCCUCAUCUCUUCUGGGCGCAGGUAUCGGCAGCACUGCUGAUUUUGGGCCCGCUCGCGGCCACCAUCUGGACACCCUGGCGCCAGGGGUGCGGUAUCGGGGGCUCCUGCUCCGUCGGCGUGCAGCUCUCCAUGGCAACGGCCGUGCCGUUGAGCAUCGUGAACCACCUGGGUCACGCUGUGGCGCGGCGGUGGAUCCCGCUGCUGCAGAAAUUGGAUAGAACCACCAUCUCUCUGGGGUGUGUGAUCGGUGCUUGGGCGCUCUCCCAAGACCUCUUCUUCACGGUGGGGUCAGCUUUACUGGCUUCCACGGUCAUCAUUCUGAUGUGGUUCGGUAGCCCCCGCUACCGGGACAGCGAAGUCUUGGCUUCGAGCCUCGUUGCUGUGUGCAUUCUCUAUGGGCUCCUUCCCAUGCUCUUCUACCGGGAAUCCCUGGACCACUGCGUCUGGCCGGCUGGUGGUGCCAUCCUCGCCGGCUUCGCGCUCUUCCAGUUCGAUCCCCUAGGUGUUUGGACGGAUUCCGUCUGGCACCUCGUUCUCAUCCCGUAUGCCCACUUCUGUUCGCUCUCAGCCGUGCGAAUGGACCAGUGUAUCGGCGCAUCAGGAGAAGCAUCAGGCCUUGGGGCAGAGCCCUCCGCCUCCCCUCGUGGCGAGCCUGGCGACGGCCCUGGAGACCCUGGCGCCUGUGGAGUUGUGCGCGGCUCUUCGGCCGCUAACCGCCCAGAGCGUGAAAGCAUCAGGAGAACGAGCGACCUACACCGCGGUCGCCACACGCGCCAUGGCACAGCUGAAAAGCUCGCGGCAGGCCUGGGAGUUGGAAGGCUUGUGCAAGAACCUCCGGCUAGACAUCGGCGAGGUGACGCCAGACGACGAUCUCUUCACAGAGGAGAUGCCGGGGCAGUCGCAGAUGAGAUAGCCGCAAAAAAUACGCAUCCGAGCAUCGGAGUUUUUGCACAGCAGAGGCUGUUCUCCGCGCCCUUCCGUGGGCCAGUGCAGGGUCACAUUGAGGAGCGCCUGACCUCUGAGUUGCGGCCGUUGCAUCUUGAGGUGGUGAACGAAUCGCACGGAAAGAAGAGUGAUGAGUCUCACUUCCACGUGCUGAUCGUCUCGGAGGCUUUCGAGGGCUUGAAGCCCCUGGCGAGACAUCGUUUGGUGAAUGGCCUUUUCACGCGUGAGGCCAAAGCUGCGGGUUCAGUCGGGUCGUGUUGGAGUUGA